GGUGAGCUCCGUGGCGGGGAUGGGCAUAGAUCAUAGCGCCACGGUGCCCUUCGGGUUUUACACCCCCAGAGGAACAGACUCGGACAGAGCCGGAGGGGUGUCUGGCUCGGAUCCCGCUCAUAGCGGGAAUGGAUACCAAGAAACGGGCGGCGGGCACCACACGGACGGUAUGCUUUACCUGGGGUCCCGGGCGUCGUUGGCAGACACGUUGCCCCUGCACAUCGCGCCCCGAUGGCUUAGCGCCCAUAGCGGAUUCAAGUGUCCUGUCUGCUCCAAAUCAGUGGCAUCCAAUGAGAUGGAGGUUCACUUCAUUAUGUGUCUGAGCAAGCCCCGCCUCUCCUACAACGAUGACGUGUUGUCAAGAGAUGCAGGAGAAUGUGUAAUAUGUCUCGAGGAGCUACAGCAGGGAGACACCAUCGCUAGACUGCCGUGCCUCUGUAUCUAUCACAAAAGCUGUAUAGACUCCUGGUUUGAGAUCAACCGCUCCUGCCCUGAACAUCCUUCAGACUGACCUCCAUCAUCUACUUCUGAUACCACUGAGAAAGGGCACUUUAUGGACCUAAACCUGGAUAUCCUGACACAAAAAUAACCAAAUAAAUCAAUCUACCAACCAAUUCGAUCAAAACCUAUGGAAACGGAAAUGUGUCAUCGCAAAACUGAACCAAAUAAAAGCGUUCAUCCAGCCAACACCGUCAUUACCACUUGCAGAAUCCCAGAAUCUCCUGCCUGCUGUGCUAGAGACUGCUAAACUGCUAACCGGCCCCUUCACGGCAAAACCACCAAUACCGGAUCUCUGGCUUUGGAAAACGUCUCGCUUUCUUGCCCCCUCUACAUACUCUGUGUUCUUAUCGACGUGUGUUCAGUCUGCAUUCUGACCAGGUCCUCUCUCCUUGUGUAUGUAAUCAGAUGGAAGGAGAUGGGGAAGAGGGGGCGGGGCAACACAAUGGGCAGGGCAUAUGCUGUAAACAAGUAGGAAGUAGACCACGCUUUGCAAAUCAAUCCAGAGGCCACACCUGUCCUGUCAAUCAAACGAUGCUGAUUAGAGGGGUGUGGCAGGGGCGGGGUUUCACACCUGGUUUGUGGGAGGAGUCUUGUGUGUGCGGUUCACUCAUUAGUGAUGUGUUGGACAGCCGGUGGACGUAUAUUUAGUUAUUCUGUGUGUGCAUGUGUGUGAUCAUGUGUCCACAGGCGGGGAAAUGUGUAAAUUGUGUUUCCUGUUAGUGCCAGAGGAAGUCCAAGACAUCAGCAUGUGCGUUGGGAUGGGGGUUUACGGUCAUGAAUGGAGAGAAAGAUACACUCUCGGUCUGUCUUCAAAUGUUUACAAUUCACAGUAGAUGUCUUUCCCCUACGGAUUCUGAAACGAUAAGAAGCUCAAAGCUAUUUUCCUAGUUUCAUCUGCAAUUUUUUGGGCAGUUAUUAUGAAGCGCCGACCAUAAUAUUCAGACAGUUUCCCUGUAAAAGCCUUGAGUACGUAUUCAGUGUGUGUGGGUGUGUAUGUAUGUGUGUGUGAUUUCAGCUUCUGUCCAUCCUCCCAUGUUUUCUCUAUGUGACCGGCCAGCUUGCGUCUGGUAAGCUAAUGUUGCUUCACUACUGUAUGUAAAGCCCAGAUAUACUGGUGUGAAUCUAUUACAAGAUCAUUUCUAUGAUCUGCAUUUACUUUUUAUUUUUGAAAAAUCUGUGAGAAACCUCACAAGAAAUCUAUUUAACCUUCAGGAUGCCUCUGUCUACUGUAUAAACAGCAAGCACUGUUAGAAAAUAAUGUUGCUGUAAUUGUAAAAAAUAAAAAAGUCAAAACAAAUAAAAAAGGAGAAAGGAGUAAAAUGAAAAAGGUA